AUGAUUACAAAAAGCUCAGCGAAUAAUACUUUCAUUCGUCCACAAAUGUUUUACAUAAUUGGUUUACAAGAAAUGCCCUUUGCUAAGUGUUUCUAUAUUUUUUUAUCCAUUGUUUACAUUCUUACAAUGUUUUUUAAUGGGUUUAUAAUUGUAUUUAUAUAUUUUGAACAAAGUCUUCAUAGUGCAAAAUAUAUUGCUGUGUCUCACUUAGCCUUAGCAGAUUUAUGUUCAUCUACAGCUAUCAUUCCUAAAGUAAUAGAUACAUUUCUUUUUAAUUCUAAUUUUAUUACAUAUGAGGCAUGUUUAGCUAAUAUGUUUUUUGUUCAUUUUUCUAGUGCAAUACAGUCACUGUCUCUUGUAAUUUUAGCUUACGACCGUCUUAUUGCCAUAUGCCUCCCUCUUCAAUAUCACAGUAUUAACACUUGCAGCAGAAUGAAGGCGAUUAUUGUGUCCAUUUGGUUAUUUUGUGCAGCACUUGUGUCUGUAAUGGUACUUCUAAUUACAAGACUCAGCUUUUGCCAGUCGACAGUGAUAAACAGUUUUUUCUGUGAUCAUGGACCUGUGUACAGAUUAGCCUGCAAUGACUUUUCCCCAAACAUAAUAAUGGCUCUUAUUACUACAGCAUUGUUGCUUUUUUUACCAAUGGUAUUUAUUCUUUUUUCUUACAUAGCCAUUGGAAUUGCAUUGCUAAAAAUUGCCUCAGCAGAAGGAAGGCAAAAAGCAAUAAAAACAUGUGUAUCACACAUGAUAUUGGUGGCAAUUUUUUAUUUUCCAUUGGUAGUUAUAUAUGGAUCAUCACAAUUUGUUAAUUUUCAUCCCAAUGCAAGAAUUCUAAAUAGUUCCUUAUCUUCAACAAUCCCACCCAUGAUAAACCCUCUAAUUUACACACUAAAAACUGAAGAGAUGAUGGAUGCAAUAAAAAAUCAUUUAAAAAGAAAACUAGAAAAACAAAGCAAGCCAAUGAUAAAUAUCAGGUUUCUGUAUCAGUAA